AUGCCUCCCGUGUCCAAAACGUGUCAGAGCUGCGCAGACUCCAAGGUGCGAUGUGUCCGCAAUCCGAAUGCAGCUGGUGCAUGUAACCGAUGUCUCCGAUUGGGUCGAGAAUGUCUCUAUCGCCAAGCCGGUCGUCGAUUCAAUGGCUUCCAGAAGGAUCGAAAGAUCGAGGCUCUCGAGUCAAAGAUAACCGAAUUGAUGGCCGAUCGCUCUGCUCUAUCAGAAGAAAAUGAACUCAACUCGAACGCACCCGGCGCAAAAGUAAUAGACGACAGAAUCCCAGUUGAAGACAUUAUCAGACGAGGCUUCCUGACAAUAGAGAAAGCUGAGAGCUACCUGGACACAUUCAAGACCAGAAUGACUCCAAAUUUCCCGUUCGUCGUCGUGGCCCCUUCGAUAUCUAUCACACGACUCCACCAAGAAAAGCCAUUCCUAAGCCUGGCAAUCCUUGCGUCAGCCGCAUACGAUAACAUGCCACUGCAACGGGUGGUGGAGGAAGAGAUCAAAAAGUGCAUUGCAUCGCGCAUGCUAAUAAACGGCGAAGUCUCUUUUGACUUGCUGCAAGGGUUACUAGUCUUCCUCGCAUGGUCGCAUUAUUACUCGCGGCCACACCGUUAUACGCAGUUUCUCCAAUUGGCUAUUGGCCUCGUUGUCGAUCUUCGGUUGGACCGUCCGCCACGGACGAGGGUGUGGAAGACAGGGCUGCGCUUUGGGCAGAGGUAUAAUUUAAAUGAGCAAUUGCUAGAUCGUCCUUACUGGGGGAGUGAUGAUCAGAGGGCUCUUUUGGGUUGUUAUUACCUAUCAUCAUCGAUUGCAGUGCUUGUGCAGAAACACUCGACGUUUGCUCAUCUUCCAUAUUUGGAAGAGUGUUGCAGGUCUCUCUCCCAUGUCAAAGAGUAUCAGCAUGACAAAUACAUCAGUCAUAUCAUCCGGCUGCAAUUCAUUGCAGAAAAUAUUGAUUCUUUCUCUGCAAAACAUAGGAUUGAGUUAGAACACCCUGGCUCGGGAUCGGAACUCUAUAUCGCCAAUCUAAAAUCGGAACUAGAGGGGUUCUGUCAUCAACUUCCUUUCGAUCUCAAUGAAAGCCCUCUUCUCGCUACACAAUAUCAUGCAACCGGGCUAAGCCUAUACCAAGUGUCUCUAACGAUCGCAAACCGACACUCUCAAUCAAACCUUGUGGCAUCCCACUGCUGGCAAGAUGAGAUCAGCCUUGCAGCAAAAGUCUCAGCCAAUGCAAUUCUCGCUCAAUACAUCCUUCUCCCUCUUGGCCAGGAACUUGGAUUUAACAAUACGCAGUGGGUACAGAUGGCAUUUGCUUUGCUAUUCUCAUACCGACACGCCGUGAUUAAUUCCAACCCAGAGCAAAAGGCUGCACUUCUUCAUACUCUAUCACAAGUGAGGUCUAGGGUAGGGGCUCUAUCUACUGCACAUGUAGACGUGAACGGUGCUCGGGAUGUUUUCUUUGAUUUCAGGAGACGUGUGCUUCGCAUUGAGAGUUGGCUUGGCAUUGAUGGCAAGGACGAAGCAAGCAGCGCAGGCGAUGAGGGUCUUGACAUUUUUGAGGAUUUCAGUAGCACGUCAAAUCCUAAGGCAUCGCAUUUUGAGAGUUCUAUGGAAGACAUGGGAGAUCUUGGUGUUCCUCCUAGGGAUUUUUUCUCCCCUUUUGUGGAUGAUUGGCAGGGGUUUCCCGGUGACUUCUUUUCAUCUUCUUUUGGGGGUGUGGGUGACUGGGAGUGA